CAGACCAUCAGACCCACCAGAUGGACAGGCUGUGUGUCGCUCUGAUGACAUUCUUAUGUGCUGUUUCCUCCAGUCAGGGUGGGAUCUCUGCAGCAGAGGUGGAGCUGAGAGUCAGACCAGGAGACAACAUCACUCUCUACUGUGACUGUAUCAUAACUACUGGAGUUCACAUUAUGUGGUAUAGGAACUGUUCUCACAAUUACCAGCCUCCUCUAUUUAUUUCAACGUAUGACUUUCACAAAAUUCUUCAGGACAUUCCCAAGCCUUUCCCUGGAUAUAAUGUGGUGUGGAACCCCUCUAACAACUCCUAUGAUCUACUGAUUGAGAACAUCACUGAGUCUGACCUGGGACUCUACUACUGUGGGACGAAGGAGAAGAAGGUCGUGGAUGAUGGAGGGAAAGGAGGAAUUGAACAGAAAGAGUUGUACCACUAUGGAAACAUCACCACUAGGAUUUCAAUUGACAUCAGUCCUCCUGAGUCCUCCUCCUCCUCCCCUGAUGUAGACUGUGGUCUGUGUUGGAUGUUGCUGUUCAGUCUGUGUCCUGUGUCUGCUCUCCUCUCCUCUCUCCUCUCCUCCACCUGUGUCUACUCCUUCUGCAGAACAACAGCUCCAACUGAGACUCAGGUUCCUCUGAACAGGACGACCAGCAGGGGAAGUGACAGCAGAGAGCAGACUACAGUCAGAGAGGAAGGAGACCUGUGUUACGCCUCGUUGGAUAUCCGUCAGGGACUGAAGAGACCAAAGAAGAAGAAGACAACCAAGAACUCUGACUUCAGUACCUACUCAGCCAUCAAUAGCAGCAGAGUGUGAGACAUAUACAAGCUAUCAAUACCAGCAGUGUGAGAUCUAUACCAGCCAUCAACACCAGCAGAGUGAUACCUAUACAAGUCAUCAAUACCAGCAGAGUGAGACCUAUACCAGCUAUCAAUACAUUUACAUUUACAUUUAAGUCAUUUAGCAGACGCUCUUAUCCAGAGCGACUUACAAAUUGGAUACCAGCAGAGUGAGACCUAUACCAGCCAUCAAUACCAGCAGAGUGAGACCUAUACCAGCCAUCAAUACCAGCAGAGUGAGACCUAUACCAGCCAUCAAUACCAUCAGAGUGAGACCUAUACCAGUCAUCAACACCAUCAAAGUGUGAGACCUUUUCCAUCCAUCAAUACCAGCAGAGUGAGACCUAUACCAUCCAUCAAUACCAUCAAAGUGUGAGACCUAUACCAGCAAUCAAUACUAGCAGAGUGAGACAUAUACCAGUCAUCAAUAGCAUCAGAGUGAGACCUAUACCAUCCAUCAAUACCAGCAGAGUGAGACCUAUACCAUCCAUCAAUACCAGCAGAGUGAGACCUAUACCAGCCAUCAAUACCAGCAGAGUGAGACCUAUACCAUCCAUCAAUACCAGCAGAGUGAGACCUAUACCAGCAAUCAAUACCAGCAGUGUGAGACCUAUACCAGCCAUCAAUACCAGCAGAGUGAGACCUAUACCAUCCAUCAAUACCAGCAGAGUGUGAGACCUAUACCAUCCAUCAAUACCAUAAGAGUGAGACCUAUACCAGCCAUCAAUACCAGCAGAGUGAGACCUAUACCAGCAAUCAAUACCAGCAGAGUGAGACAUAUACCACCCAUCAAUACCAGCAGUGUGAGACCUAUAC